UUCGUCGCCUUCUAUUAUUUUUGACACGUUACUGGCCGCUGUCAGGUUUGUCUGUUCGUGUUAAUAAAACUUACGUUUUUGAAGAUGACCUCUCCAGUGGUGCCAGGUGAUCUGAAGAAAAAGGUGAAGGAGGAGGAGGAGGAGGAGGGAGAAGAAGACGAAGACGAGGAGGAGGAGGAGGAAGAGGAGGAGGAAGGCAGCAGGCCGAACCCCACGGAGGUGAAAAUGAGUCAGAUGGUGAUGCCGUGUCACAGCAACCACCGCCAGGAGCUGAGUGUGGGGCAGCUGUUGAAAUGGAUGGACUCGACCGCCUGCCUCUCAGCGGAGCGACACGCUGGAUGCUCCUGCGUCACCGCCUCCAUGGACGACAUUCACUUUGAACACACCAUCAGUGUGGGCCAGGUGGUGAACAUCAAGGCGAAGGUGAACAGAGCGUUCAACACCAGCCUGGAGGUGGGGAUACAUGUGAGCUGUGAGGACCUGUUCUCCGACCGUCACUGGAGGGUCUGUCGGGCCUACGCCACCUUCGUCACCCAGCGCACAGAGUCCGGGAACAAGCUGCUCCUGCAGCCCGUGGUUCCUCAGACUCAGAGGGAGCAGCAGGAGUACAGCGUGGCCGCAGAGAGACGGAGGGUCAGGAUGCUGCACCAUGACAUCGUCAAAGAUCUGCUCGCCUGCGGUUCCAUCCAACAGGCUGAGAACUGGGCAGUGAACGCAGCAGUGGCAGCAGAGAAGACCAGGGUGGAGAGUGUGGAGUUGGUUCUACCUCCACAUGCCAACCAUCAGUUGAACACGUUCGGAGGACAGAUCAUGGCCUGGAUGGUGAACGUGGCCAUGAUUGCUGCCAGUCGUCUGUGCCAGGCGUGUCCCACUCUCCGCACCAUCGACAUGUUUAAGUUCCGAGCUCCGUCCCAGGUUGGAGACCGGCUGCUGCUGAGGUCCAUCGUCAACAACAGCUUCAAAAACAGCAUGGAGGUCGGAGUACGAGCGGAGGCCUAUCAGGAGACGGGACCAAACCGACACAUAAACUCUGCUUUCAUGACCUUCGAGGUGCUCGACGACCGGGGGAAGCCGUGUACGUUACCAUGGUUACGGCCUGAACCCCUGGAAGGAGAGAGGAGGCUUCGAGAGGCUGUGGCCAGGAAGAAGAUCAGACUGGACCGGAAGUACAUCAUUUCCCGUACCCAGGGUGAAGUUCCUCGCUCUGUCCCCUGGGAUCCCAGAAACCAGGUGUAUCUAAGUUAUAACAACGUAUCAGCUCUGCAGAUGUUGGCUGCCAAAAAGAACUGGCGCCUCAGCUCUGAGAAAGACAAGGUCCGUCUUUACACUCUGGAGCAGAAGUCCAGCCUGAGCUUCAGGGUGGAGUCACAGGUGGAUGUCCCGGCUCACACAGCCUUCGGUCUGUUGGCUGAGCUUAGUAACAGACCCAGCUGGGACAGACACUAUCGGUACCAGACAGUGGAGUUCUCCAAACUCCAACAUUAUUCCCUUUAGUGAAUUAUGUUGUUUGUUUUUCUCCUGCACCAAAUGACCUCUGUGUGUAGAGACGCCCCGCGCUCGGGGGGGGGGGGGGUUUGGUAAAGAAGAACCAGAGGAAACGUUUUGAUCAGCGUGUCUCUCUGCAGAGAUCCGUACAUCAUCGCUCUCCGCUCCGUCUCUCUCCCCUCUCACCCGCCCACUGAAGAAUUUAACAGAGGGGAGGUUCUGUGUGCCGGCUUCACCAUACUGGAGAUGGAGAACAACAUGUCACUGGUCAGUUACUACAACCAGGCGUCUCCGGAGGUGCUUCCCUACAUCUCCACCGACAUCGCCGGCCUCUCCUCCUACUUCUACCACACCUUCUGCUCCUGCAGCCGAUACCUGACUGAGAACAGGCUGCACUUCCCUCCUGAGGAGCAGGCUCAGCCUGAGAGUCCACCGGGAGCCUCCCACAGCAGGGACACAGACGCCCAGGGUCUGUGUCCACCGCUGUAGACAGUCCAGCAGGAUGUACUCUGGGACACCAGGUAGGACACCCAUACUGAGGACGUAAACCUCUCAGACCACAACAACAUUCAACUGUACUGAAAACUCUCUUGUUUGAAAGUCAGCGGUUGAAUCUUCUCACCACCAGGGGGCUCUAUAGUGUGGUAAAUAAUGUCAGCCGUUUUAGAUCAGGUCAGUUUUAUCAAAUGUCGUUGGUAACGUUUGCAUUUCAGCUGGAGUUUGGUAAACUUUUAGUCCUUGUUUGGUACAUUUUAAGAUGUACAGAACUUACUUUUAGUUUUUUUUUUUUUUUUGCUUAAAUUGUUAAAUUGGUGGGAAAAGAGCCAUAUUGCAUCUUAACUGAUUGGCCACCAGGGGGCUUUUUACGGUUGUAAUUUGAGUUGUUUCAAUGUUGUGCAAUAUUUUAGUCCUUCUUUGGUACCAUCACAUUAGCAGCUUUUAUAACUGGCCACUAGAGGGUGUUUUACCCUUGUAAAUUAAUAUUGUGAAUUAAUAAAAGGGAAUUUUUAACAAA